GAAAAUAGGUGCUUGCUGAGUCGAUAGGGUCAUUUAUAUUAAUUUCAGCGAUCGAUAUCUUCAUAUCGAAUUGCACAGAGAAUGGAUAAAUCUGUUUCGCGAUUGCAUCAGAUUCGAGAAAUUGAAAUUUUUUUAAAUUUGACGUUAGUUUUUUGAGAAUUAUUAUUGGAAUUAUGUUUCUUUUAAUUCUUAUCGGAUGCUUUUAGAUCUUUUUGGGAAUAUUGUAUAUUGUAACAUUUUUUGUAAAUCGAGGAAGUUAUAUAAGUCAUGAAGAUGCAAUUCAAGUCUUUAAUUCUCGAUUGUUCUUAUCGCUUGGCGCCUUUCAGUGUAAACAAUAAUAAUGAUGUUUAGGUCGGAGAUAAAUGAUAUAUGUAUAUCCGGUGUUGCAAGUGGGGGAGGGGAACGUUUUUGCACUCUACAGAUUUCUCGCGUAUUCAGCACCUCGUGCAUUGGAAUUGUAAAUAAUAUUAUUGAACAACUGCGUGUCGUUACUAGAAUGACGAUGAUAGAGAUACAGCAGAAAAUUUGCCAUUUCAUCUUUAUCUGACGACGGUGUCGAAUAAAUGACUAUGGAGAACGAGGUGACCGUAAACGUUCCGCAUACAGUAUGGAGAAAAUACUUCGGAUGGAUAGCAGAUAUAUCCGUGGAGCCCACGAUGUGGCUUUACAUGAUGGCGUACAUGAUCACCUCCGUCGUCGAACAAGCAUUCUUCGUCUACAAAUCUUGUCGAGUCGACCAUGGAUAUUCUGAGGAGGUCUGCGCCAAAUUAAACGACAACGAAACCAUAAAAGCAGCUAUCCAGGUGACAGUCUCCAACUUCCACCAAUGGAACAACAUAGCUGGCCACGUGGUGCCAAUUAUACUAGCCCUGUUCUUUGGGAACUGGAGCGACCGACGUGGACGGAAGCUACCCCUCAUUCUAGGACUAAUUGGAAAAUUUAUUUACUCCUUCAUGGUCGUCAUCAAUUCCAUGAUGGACACCUGGAAUUUGAACACUGUUGUCUACACAGCAAGUCUUCCAAUGGGGAUGCUGGGGGGCGAUGUGGCCAUCUUUGGCAGCUGCUUUGCCUACAUAUCAGAUGUAUCAUCUGUGCGUCAGAGGACCUUAAGGAUCACCAUUUUGGAUGUGGUGUACCUCAGCACUAUGCCCACUGGCGUGGCUCUUGGAUCCUACCUCUACACCAACGUGACCCACAUGUCAUAUACGAUCAUGUUUACCAUCAAUACCAGCCUACUAGUUCUGGCAAUUGUGUAUUCACUGAUAAGACUGAAAUGGCAGACGCUGCCACAACAAGAGUCACUCGUAGGCACCAAUCUCUUAACUGACUUCUUCGACAAGAAGCACGUGGUAGAAACCAUGAAAACAAUGACCAAGUCGAGGCCGAACUAUGGGAAACUUCACCUGUGGCUUUUCCUGCUGAUCAUGAUGCUCUACACCUUCCAAAGAGACGAGAAGCCUAUGAGUUAUCUGUACACGCAGUUGAAAUUCAAGUGGGACGUGACAAAGUUCAGUAACUUCAGAACAUUCCAGUCGACCACCUUUGUGCUAGCAAUGUUAAUUGGAGUUCCAGUGAUGACUAAACUGAUGGGGAUAAAGGACACCAUAAUCGUGGCAAUUGGCGCCAUUGCACAUGCUGCUGGAAGAGUAAUAUUCGUACUGGCUAGUGUACCAGAAUUAUUCUACGUUGGUGCUGCUGUGGCUGCUUUGGGUCCUGUCGUCGCUCCAGUCUUGAGGUCCAUGACCUCCAAAUUGAUUCCUGUGGAGGAUCGUGGAAAAGUAUUCGCCCUGUUGUCUGUUUGCGACAAUGCUGUGCCAUUGUUCAGUGGGAUCCUGUACUCUCAGCUUUACAACGCCACCAUAAACUCGGCACCAGGUUCGAUCUAUUGGCUGACGUUUGCAACUCAGGUCUCUGUGUUGCUUCUUAUUCUGGUGAUACACUUCUCCAUGAGAAGCAACGAGCACUCGGAGCACAGGCUAUAUAUAAACAGUGACACUGGCUGUUCAUCCGAGGCCUUCUCCCCAGAACUCAGUAUUAUUACAGAUUCGCGCGUAAAAUGAAGCUGGAAAUUUACAGCGUAGUCUUGUUUGGAAUCAAUAUGUACAAAAAGUUGACCAUCAGAUGGGCUUAGGAAAAAACUGAUGAAUCAUUCCAGUAAUUCUGAACGCUUUUCUAUACCACAGGACUCAUAUUUCUUGUUAGCAGAAUGUUACAUUGCCAUCGAUCGUGUCAGAAGCUCGUCGAAACAUAUUUAUUGGGGAAUAGUUACUCAAACUGUUGAAAUUUAUGCUGUUGAUUAGAAAUAGUUUUACAGUUUUACUAAAAUAUAGUGUAUACACGUUGAGAAGUUUAUUACUCGACUUCCAUUUAAUAACUUCCUCGUGAAGUUAUCUAUUGAGCAAUAAUAGUUGAUAUGUGAUAUGAACAAUAAUACUUGAUAUGUGACUUACAACACAAGUGGAAACUUUGAAGGUUCCAUCCGUUUCCUUUUAUGUCGAUUCCUCGAGGAGAUCUAGAUUUAUUAGAGAAUCGUCGAAUGAAUCAUACAGUUGCAAAUGGUAUGCUUAAAAUGCGCAUAACGUUAGACGGUGCAGUGACUCAUUGCUGAACAGGAGAGGCGAUCUUUGCACGCCAAAGUGAGAGAUGUUCUUACUUUUUAAAAUUUAUUUGACGUUAAUCGGUUGCGACAUCACGUUUUACGUAUAUAACUUUCGAAGAACUGAUUGUUAUUCAGCACGUGCAAGCAUGUCAAGGACCUGGUGGCGAAUUCUUCUCUGCUGUUUAGGAUCUUUUAUGAAGAACUCGCCGUUGUUCUAACAUCGCAUAUGCACACAAGUCACAAGUGCACUCUGUUGUUUACAUGGUUUCGUGAAAUGGAUACAAAUGCAAUUACUUGGGUUAAUGGAUUUUACUUUAUAUUAUAUUCUGCAAAUGUAUAAUUAUGUUCACCUGGAUCUUGCAAAACUUUGCACAAUUUACAAGGUCACACACUAAUUAAUAUAAUUUUUUAUACAUCAAA